AUGAACAAAGGAAAGAAAAAACUUACUUUAUACGACACAGAAUUUGAAAAAUACGAAAGUGCAACGUCAAUUACAGCUAAUAGGAGCCCUGUUGAUAUUGUUGGCAGUGUCCAGAGCUUAUACCGUGCCAAAGUUGUGAACGUGACGUGUAAACCAGAAAUGGGAGCAAGAACUAAGGAUGCGCACCUCUUUUUCAAACAGAAGGUCAAAGAAAAUAUAGGUUUCAGGAUGGAAUGGAGGUCAUCUGUUAAUAAAACAAAAGGGAUAUUUAACAUUAUAGAAUCUGAAGCUAAGGACAAGAUGUUCGGUUCGAGUAAUGUUAGAUGGCAAAGGAAGAGUGAUAAGUUUGUGCCAUCUUUUUUCAUUUCAGCACUGGGGAAUAGAAAUGUCCAAGCCACUGUUACAAAAAGCUCUAGUAAAAGUUUUGUGACGGUGUAUUUGGUACUUGAUCGAUGUGACCCGAUACCUGGAGUUUUCACUUGUGAAAACGCUGUGACACUGAAAGAUUCAAAAUCAAUUUCAAUAAAAGCUUCUUUCAUCUUUAAUGGCAAAACAUCUAGGUGUACGCCGAAGAAACCCAGCGGUGGUUCCUAUACGUAUGACAAACUGUCUGAAGAGUACAGCAAAUUUCUGGCGGAGAGUUUCAACAGAGAAGGUAUUAAAACUAUAAAUCCUAUCAAAUGGUUGAAUUAUGCAGUAUGCUGCUUUAACAUCACCUUAGGAGGAUGCUGAAGUAUUAUAAAUGCAUGAAAUAGGGCAUUUCCUCGCUAUCUACGUUUGGUCUUGAUCUUAAAAAAAAAACAAAUCUCGGAAUCCUUUGUCCAUCAUCUCCACAUUUGUAUAUAGUUCAGAUGAUUGUAAAAAUAUCUGUGUUUUUUAAGAAAUCACUGUGUAGUUAGUAUGGUAUGCCAGGGCAUCAACGAUAGCGGGCAACAUUAGUUAUUUUACAUAACGGGCCUUAAUUAUCCCAUGUUUCCCACUUACGUUAAUGUCCCUGGCAUACUAUACUAACUAGAGAGUGAUUCCUUAUAUUUCCACCAUUUCAUUGUGAAA